AUGGAAGAAGAACGAGUAAUUACUCAUCUCCACACUAUCGUUGAUAGCGGAGACAUCCUAGUAGUCAAAUGGAACCCAGACGACUCUCAUCUAGCAACAGCUUGUGCUGAUGGCACCGUCAAAAUAUAUGCCAGUACAAGUGGGAAUUUCAUUAGGACAUUGAACUGUAGGCUUGCAGCAGAUGCAAUGCCAGUCACAGCACUUCAGUGGAGACCUCCUACUUCACUUGCAAAAACAAAGAACGUGCUUGUCGCGACCACAGCUGAUGGCGGAAUACUUCAUUGGCAUGCAACUUCAGGCAAAAUUUUGCAUACAAUCAGGUUUGAGCAAGAAAAUCAAGUUUUAUGUGUUGAUUAUGACGUGGAGGGGAAAUAUUUUGCAGUUGGCUGCAAAGAUAUGUUCGUUAGAGUUUAUGAUGAAUCUACUAACUCCCCCCCCUCCGUGAGUGAACAAAACGAUUAGAAAAAUCGCUAUUUUUUGCCUAAAAACCCACCCUCCGUGAGUGAACAAAAAUUUUGUUAAUAGAAAAUUUUUUUUAUGGAAUAUAUAAAUGAUAAUUAGUAUAAUGAAAUCUAGAGCUAAUUCUGUUUAAUUUUUUAACGAAUUGCUUUUUAAAACAUAAAAUUUUUAUAAUUAAAUUAAUAUUUGCUUUCCAAUUUUGCGAAUUAGGAUUUUUUUAAAUUUCGAAAAAAAACUAUUUUUUAUAAAAAAUUUUAUAUAUAAAUUUUUUUAAAAAAAAAAAAUUAACACCCCUCCCUGAGUGAACAAAAUUUUUUUGUUCACUCACGGAGGGGGGGAGUAAGAGCGUCAUUGCUGAAAUGGCUCCUGGAUGGGGAGAUGUGAUUGGGCAUGGGAAUAGGAUUUUCGCUGUCAAGUGGAGGGAUGAAAAUACAAUUAUUAGUGCUGGAUGGGAUAAUAAUAUCAUCAUUUGGGAUGUUAGAGCGCAUAGAGCUGCAAGAGCUAUUUUUGGACCUCACAUAUGUGGGGAUGCUAUGGAUAUCUGUGGAAAUAGACUGCUAACUGGAAGCUAUCAUAUAAAAGAUCAGUUGCAGCUGUGGGAUUUGAAUGAUGGGCACAAUAUCUUUACUCAGACUGUAGUUUCAAAUAAUAGGCCGUGCUUGCUUUAUACUGCGCAGUUUAGUAAGUCAGAUAUGGGAUCAAUGUUUGCAGCAGGAGGAUCUGGAAGUGAUGAAGCGUAUUUCUAUGAUAGUGAUACUCUGAGACCUUUUGGAAUGCUAUCAAAUUUGACUAAUGCGGUGUACUCAAUUGAUUUUGCUCAUGCUUCGAAUAAGCUCGCAGUGGCAAGUGGAGAUGGCUCAAUCAGAGUGUUUGAGAUCACUAGAAAUCGACAAGAUGAAGUUUAA